AAUACCCCAAGACACUGGACCGCAGAUCAAGUUCGUCUGUUUGCACACGCCCUUCGGUUGCACGGCAAAGACUUUCACACAAUACAACGCGAAUUCUUUGGUGGUCGGAGUGCCAGUGCCAGUAACACUGCUUCAGCUGGAUCCGCAAACGGUACCGGGGCAAGUGCGAACUCUUUGACCACUGGACGAACUCGUGGUCGUGGCGGAGGUCGGCGCAAGGUCACUGUUGCUCCCCCAAAAUCGACUAGUAGAGAAGAUGAGGAUGUCAAGCCGGAGGAUGGAAAAGAUGAUACCACAGCAUCGGUGGAAGAUGCUAGUCGUAAUGUGGCACAAGCUGACCCGGCAAUUGCAAACACUUCGUCGGAACCGGUGAAAACAGUAAAAGAAUUAAUUGCUUUCUAUUAUUAUUGGAAACGCAAAGGUGCUGCCGCCUCCUCCUCUUGUGCAAGUUCAGGUGGCUGCGGAACAGGUGUCGGGUCCGGAUUGGCAAGUUCCGGUUCAGCGGCCAGUUCACUAGGCCAAAUCAACGGUGCGCUUGCCUCAGCCGCAGUGAACUUCUCUGCGGCCGUGGCCGCGGCGGCGAAUGCAGACAACGCCUUGUCGGCUGCACACGCUGCCAGUGGUGCAACCGGAUCGCAGUCCUACGGUGCCAGUGGAAAGAAACGCAAACAGACAGCGCGCGGCAAUUUGUUGACCCGGCAAGCAGUUCUCGGUCUGAUUGAAAGUCGAAAAAGCGCCGAGGGUGCGUUGCACAAACGCCUGGCUUUGAAAAAUUUGAACGGUCGUGCUGUGGUUUUAUCGCCCGCAACAAUCGCCGCUCGCGCUUCCACGCCGACAAGUGAACUUUCCGAAUCGGUCGGGGCUAGUUUGCCGGAGAGUGAGGUUGAAGAUACUGCUGAAUCUGCCGCCGCUUCCUGUAACACAGAGGAAACGCAGCAACCAAUAGACAGUCAUCCGGAACGAGAUGAAGAUACGACAGGAACCACAAGACCUGGAACAGAGAGUUCAGAGGUCCCCCCUUCUGGACGUCUCCGCCGCCGUUUAUGUCGAAAUUGUGACAAAGAUUUGUCUUCACCCGGAGAAUCAGCUCUCCCGGCUGGGGAAGACACGAUUCGCGGUACACCACUGUCCCAUCUACCUCCGCGACCGGGCUCUACUCCGGCUUGCAAAUCGCGCCCGACAGUUGAAGCCUGUCCUAGGUCUAUCAAGUCUGGAAUUGGAUCGACGCCUCGGGAUUCGGUUCAACCAGUGGUGACGUUAACGACCACACCAGUACCGACAAAACCUGUCACAACGCAUGCGCGAAAGAAUGAUUGUGCUCAAUCCAUUUCAACCUGUGACAUGAGUGAGGGCAGUGAGGAAGAGGACCAUGAUCUGAUGGCUUUGAUCUGUGCUCCACCGCGAGAACCUGUUCCGUGCUUUGCCGAGGUGCACCAAUCUCUGUGGUCCAGUUUGGCGCGUACCUGGGAUAGAUCCAUUCAGAUUCCUAUCCACGAUUCGACCCAUCAACGUGUUUUGAAUGAUUUGGGCACAUGCGCUCGUACAGACCUGAUUUACGUCGGUCGUCGACUCGCCAUAGAAGACAAAGCCCGUUGGCUGUGGGAGCGGGAACAGCUCUACGCUAAAUAUGCGGAUACCGCGAUCGGACCGGGUGCAGUUGACUUGUCAGCAAGCAACGACCGUCCUAUGCCCUUGUCUGCAAACACCACACGAUCUGUAGCAAACCAGGCACAACGAAAUGAAGUAAGUGCAUUCUUAUUUUCGAUUUACCCGCCUUCUCUAUCCUUUAACUUCAGAAAAGUUUGCGAAAUGGUGUCAUUGGUUCACGGCAAGAAUGCCGUUCACUCCUUAAGAGUAGAAAGCUUGUAUUCACCCCUGUUGCAAAUAAGCUUAACUCUAUAUUCAAAUUGA